AUGCUGUGCGACAAGGUGCUCCCCUCUGGAAUAGGACACACCACCAACUGCUUCCUGAGGGUGGAGGGCACCGAUGGCAACGAUGCCUUUCUCCUCACAGAGGGCUCCGAGGAGAGGAAAAGCAUAAAGGCCAGUAGCACCUCGCUUUCCACGCUGCCUCUGGAGGCUACGGUGAACCAGCUGGCCCACGCCCUCCACCAGGACGAAGACCUGGACGCCGGCAGCCUGGUGUGUGUCAUGUGGCCCAAAGCCAAGUGUGUGUUGCUGCGAGACGAUCUGGUGCUGGUGGACAGUCCCGGUAUCGACGUCACCACCGAGCUGGACAGCUGGAUCGAUAAGUUCUGCCUGGACGCCGACGUGUUCGUUCUGGUGGCUAAUUCGGAAUCCACCCUGAUGCAGACGGAGAAGUCCUUCUUUCACAAGGUGAACGAGCGCCUCUCCAGUCCCAACAUUUUCAUUCUCAACAACCGCUGGGACGCCUCGGCCUCAGAGCCCGAGUACAUGGAAGAGGUCAGUCUACCAAACAUGUGGGCCGGGCCGUUUCCCGUCCGCAGGCAGCACAUGGACCGCUGCACCAACUUCCUGGUGGAGGAGCUGGGAGUGGUGGAUCGGGGGCAGGCCGGCGACCGCAUCUUCUUCGUCUCGGCCAAAGAAGUCCUGCAGGCGCGUGUGCAGAAGGCCCAGGGGAUGCCGGAAGCAGGUAGCCUCACCUCAUCCGUCUGGCCCGGGCCUAGACCCAUUUCUGUGUGGCGUCCGAGGCUUGCUUGUUGCUCUGACGUCCUCCAUCUGAAUGAGAGGAUUGGGUUCCUAGGCGGAGCUCUCGCUGAAGGAUUCCAAGCCAGGAUGUUUGAGUUCCAAAACUUUGAGAGAAGAUUUGAAGAGUGCAUCUCCCAGUCCGCGGUAAAGACCAAGUUUGAGCAGCACACCGUGAGGGCCAAGCAGAUCUCUGAAGCCCUGCGCCUCAUCAUGGACUCUGUGCACGUUGCAGCCCAGGAACAGAGAAUCUACUGCCUAGAGACCAAAGAGGAGCGUCAGGACCGGCUGGAGUUUAUAGACAAACAGCUAGACCUGAUGACCCUGGACUGUAAGACCAAGAUCAAGAGCAUCACAGAGGAGGUGGAGAGACAGGUGUCCAACACCAUGGCAGAGGAGAUCAGGAAGCUCCAUUUGCUGGUGGACGAUUACCACAUGGACUUCCACCCAUCACCUGUGGUCCUCAAAGUCUACAAAAAUGAGCUCCAUCGCCACAUAGAGGAAGGUCUGGGGAAGAACAUGUCAGAGCGGUGCUCUGCCUCCAUCACCAGCGCCCUGCAGGCCACGCAGACGGCCAUGAUCGACGGCCUGAAGCCUCUGCUGCCCAGCUCCGUCCGGGAGCAGGUGGACAAGAUGGUCCCCCGCCAGUGCUUCAGCCUGACCUACGACCUGGCCUGUGACAAGCUGUGCAGCGACUUCCAGGAGGACAUCGGCUUCCACUUCUCCCUGGGCUGGACCAUGCUGGUCAACCGCUUUCUGGGGCCCAAGAACACCAGGCAGGCCCUCAUGGGCUACAGCGACCAGGUCCCCCGGCCCAUGGCCCUCACCCCGGUCGGCACCAGCAUGCCCCCCUUCCCACAGAGCUCCAUGACCCAGGAGGAGCUGAUGGUCUCCAUGGUGACAGGCCUGGCCUCCCUCACCUCUCGGACUUCCAUGGGCGUGCUCGUUGUGGGCGGCGUGGUGUGGAAGGCGGUGGGCUGGCGGCUGAUCGCCCUGUCUCUGGGCCUGUACGGGCUGCUCUACGUCUACGAGCGCCUCACCUGGACCACCCGGGCCAAAGAGCGGGCCUUCAAGCGGCAGUUUGUGGACUACGCCAGCGAGAAGCUGCAGCUCAUCGUCAGCUACACCGGCUCCAACUGCAGCCACCAAGUCCAGCAGGAGCUGGCGGGGGUGUUCGCCCAGCUCUGCCAGCAGGUGGACGUCACCCGGCAGAACCUGGAGGACGAGAUCACCGAGAUGAACAGCAAGAUCGAGCUGCUGGACAACCUGCAGAGCAAGGCCAAGCUCCUGCGGAACAAGGCCGGCUGGCUGGACAGCGAGCUCAACAUGUUCACCCAGCAGUACCUCCACCACAGCAAGUGA